AGUUGGUGGUUCCUUCUUCUGAUCGGGCUGCUGGCCCUCAGUUUAGUUGUCUGUCUUGCCUGCCUACUUCUGUCCACGGCACGGCGUCGCAGUCGCAAGCAACGCUGGUCACCCGGUCUCUUUACCACCGCCUCCGUUGCCUGUGGACCCGCAAGGACGGUUGAAACCUCCAACUCUGGCCUGCUUCCCAGUCUCUUCUGGUGGCCAAUGUCAACUGGCAGCCUCACCUCGUCACCGCCACCGCUUUCACAGAUACCGGAAGGGGCCAAGCUCACUCCGGUCCGGACUUCGACUCUGCAGAUGAUCUGUUCCACUCCAUUUUGUGCCUGUUUCCAGGGCUUACUGAAUUGUAUGUCAUUUCGUCCGAGGCCCAAAUUACUGUCAGAACAGACGAUCUCAGAUAGGUCUGGCUUCGGAUCUGGGGCACCCAGUGCUGAGGCGAACUCCAGCCUUCUGCCAUCUGCCGAUUUGUUGGCCUCCUGUCAACUGGUUUCUGUGCCCGCCUCUCUGGGCAUGUUCGCCUCGUCUAUUACUUAUGCCAAUAGUCUACAUGAGUCUGGAUUUGGACUAGGCAAAGCUGGCUCCGGAAUCUCAAGUCGACGCCCGUAUGCCUCCGGUGCAGUCGAUGCCUCGAUGGCUUCCUCCACUCUUGAAUCCUGCAUGUGGGACAAAGCUUAUUGUCAUGCAGCUGCACUGUCUGAAAGUGAUCAACUACUUCAUCAGACACCUAAUUCUGCUCUUCUAUGUCCUCCAGCGACCGAUUGUCUGGCUUCAAGACUAAGGCCUUCUCAGCCAGACGGUCACGGACAGAGUAACAACUGGCCUGCCCAGAUGCUUCCGAGGCCAGACGAGCCGUUCGAAUCAUCUUGGUACCCACAUACAGGUUGGUUGAAGAAUUCGCAUGUCUUGUCUCGACAAAGUCAUUCCAGCUACCAUGUAGACAGCAUUUUACAUGAACAAAACUUUGUCAAUGGAUAUAUUCAUUAG